GAAAAACUUUUUUGCAAGAAUUUUUAGUAAACUCAAGUAAAACGCUACAAUAAUUUAAAUAUAAACUUACGGAAAGACAUAUCAAAAGCAGGAUUUAAUCAAAUACGAUGUCACUAUUUCGAAAGCCCAAAAAAAUACAACGUCGCGUAUUCUCUAGCAAUGCCGACGAUGAAAAUGUGGGCAUUGACGGGGAUGGGGAUGGAGAUGGUGAUGAAAUGCCGACACCCCCUCCUGCACCACUAAUAUGUAUAGCGACCGGCAAGCGGGAUAAGGAUAAAAACAAAAAGAGUUUGCGGCAACCCGACGACAAUGGAAUAACAACUGGCGGUGCUCAGCACAAGCCCAAGGCUUUGCUCAGUUUUGCAGAUGAUGAGGACGAUGGCGAGAUAUUUCAAGUGCGCAAAUCUUCGCACAGCAAGAAAGUUAUGCGGCUGCUGGAUAAGGAACGGCGCAAGAAAAAGCGUGAGGAGCGUGGGGAAAUGUAUGGAAACAACGGCGGCUAUGAUAAUGGUAGUACACAGCAUUUAGAGUCGUCCACUGCCAGUGCUAGUUCUAGUAGAUAUAAAAGUGCGUCCAGCGCAAGCGACAAUGCGAGCGUACAGAGUAAAAGUAAAAAGUGUGAUAAUGAUAUGAUCCAAACCGAAAUACGCACAGACGACUUUGUGCUGGUGGUCAAGAAAUCGGAGACCCCUGAAGCUGUGCUCAAUGGUCGUGCCGCACUAUGCGCUGGUCGCGAUGACAUGAGCGAUGAGGAGCCAACUAACGAUGCGCACAGUGAUAAUACGCGACAUCAUCGCUUCUCCAAGCCAGAGCACUUGAAACAAAUGUUGGAAAGCGGCUCAAUACCAGAUGCCGCCAUGAUACACGCCGCACGCAAACGCAGACAACGUGCCAGGGAGCAGGGCUCGGCCGAUUUCAUACCAGUUGAAGAGCCCAAAGAGACACCCAAAUUGAGCAUAAGACUGCCACGUGAAGACAUCGAAGGGGAUCAAUCGGAUGAUGAGGAGCGCGUAGACAUGAGCGAUAUAACUGGUCGCAAGGAGCGCGAAGAGCGUCGUGAACAGUUCUAUGCUGUUGAGAAUGAUUUAACCGAUGAUGAUUCCGAACGUGAAAUGCACGAGUGGGAAAAUCAGCAGAUACGCAAAGGCGUCACUGGAGCCCAAUUGGUGCAUGCCCAGCAUGAAACAGUGCUCUCACGCUUUAUGAUCAAACCAGCAGCUCCCAGUAGUGGUGGGCCAAUGGAACUGGAAGACGCACCAAUACAGUCAACGUCGACGCUGCUGGAGCAGGCGUAUGCAAAAACCGCUAUAGACAGAAACAGAAAUAGCACUUUGUCAUCUGUAAUGCGAUCGAGUUUGGCCAAGCCAAGGAAAGAGGCCAAGCCGACGUCACUGCGCACACCGCUGGAAAUGCGCGAAGCCAUAAGAGCACGGCUUAGUGAAUUGCAGGAACGCAACGAGGAACACAAUGCCAGCAUAGCACGUAUUACAACUGAGCUCAAGGCAUUAAAGUUACAACAACUCGAGUGUGAACAGAAUGCACCUACAGCGGCAGCUAAAUAUAAGUUCUAUCAGGAAGUCAAGUGCUACGUAAUUGACUUUGUGGAUUGCCUGGCGGCCAAAUCGCCUUCAAUCAAUGAGCUGGAGAAGCGUGCGCUGCUGCACUAUGGCAAGAGUCAGCGCUAUUUGGUCAAUAGGCGGCGUCAGGAUGUGCGCGAUCAGGCCAAAGAAAUGGCCGAAGCGUCAAAAGCGGUUGCAACGGCUCCACGCCGUACAGCAGAGUAUGAGGAACAAGUACGCCGUGCAGCUGAACGGGAAGGUCGACGCACACGAAGACGCUGUGAGCGUGAGCGGAACGAUUUGUUAUCUUCACAUCUAGAUGGAAUGUCCAGCGAUGAUGAAAUUCCAGAUCAACAACAGGAGCAAUGUGUUGCGGCCGUAGCACAAAUCGAAGCACAGUCUGCCGAAAUUUUUGAAGAUGUUAACGAUGAUUUCUAUAAAAUCGAUCUGAUAUUAGUUAAAUUUUAUGCUUGGCGCAAAACAGAUAUGAGCUCGUAUCAGGAUGCGUUCGUUAGUCUCUGUCUGCCCAAAUUGUUAGCACCUUUGGUACGAUAUGAGCUGUUACUAUGGUCUCCGCUGCAUCAAGAGUACACAGACAUUGAGACAACGCAAUGGUAUCAGGCCUGUAUGCUUUAUGCUAGUGAGGCAAACGAAACUGUUGAGACACUAAAGCAAGACCCCGAUCUAAAUUUAGUGCCAUUGCUUAUUGAAAAGAUUGUGCUCCCUAAAGUCAAUUCUCUAGUGACAGAAUGUUGGGAUCCAUUAUCUACUACGCAGACUUUGCGUCUUGUUGGCUUUAUUAAUCGCCUGAGCAGGGAAUUGCCACUUAACGGCAGCAACAAGCAGCUGCGAAAGCUAUUUGAAUCUAUAUUGGAUCGUAUGCGUCUGGCUCUUGAAAACGAUGUGUUUAUACCCAUUUUUCCCAAGCAGGUGCAAGAGGCCAAAGGAUCAUUCUUCCAACGCCAGUUUUGCAGUGGGCUCAAACUGUUUAGAAAUUUUCUUAGUUGGCAGGGUAUACUGGCAGAUGCUGCUUUGCGCGAAUUGGCCAUUGGAGCACUGCUGAAUCGUUAUCUGCUAUUAGCUAUGCGCGUUUGCACACCGAAUGAUGCAAUUAACAAAGCGUACAUUGUUGUGAAUACCCUGCCUACAGUUUGGUUGCUGCCCAAUAGUGAAACACUUAAGAAUUUGGAACUGUUCAUUGGGUACAUUAAACAAAUCUUAGAAAGCUGCAAUCCUAACAAUCCAGUAUACAUGGAAUCCUGCGAUAGGGCCAAGCAAAUACUACAAAGACUUCACAGCUUAUAAAGUACAUGCAAUUUACAUUAAGCUUGAUUUGUAUUUAUUACUAUAAACAUUAGCUAAAUGAUCGGUUUCUAAAUUUUGUAUAUGCAACGUGAAACAAUUGCUGCUGCUAAAAGACGGAGAAGCAAAUAAAUACGUUUGUUUUUUUUUUAAAUCAUACUCAGUUUAAUGAACAGCACUAAAUUUCACAACAAAUUGAAUUUGCGGAAAUUUCACGCUCAAAAAGACAAAAGUUAGAUGAAAAUAUCUGGACUACGCUUCGUUAUGAGUAGCAUUAAAGUGAUAAAAAACAACGACUUAUUUG